CAAGACCGCGCGUAGACAAAACAGGACGAGGAAAAGCAAGAUGGCGUCUGAUAGAGAAAACGUUAUCGUGUUGACAAUAGUUAUGUGUGUUUAAUCAGCGCGUACAUGUCCAAAUAUAUGUUGUUUAUUGGAGUAAACAAUAUUUGUAAGUGUCCGGACACAUUAGUCUCAGUGCACUUUGUGCUAGUUAGCUUAGCUUAGCUUAGCUUGCUAGUUAGCUUAGCUUAGCUUGCUAGUUAGCUUAGGUUGCUAGUUAGCUUAGCUUAGCUUGCUAGUUAGCUUAGCUUGUUAGCUACUAACAAGUCACAAGUGUGAGAGUAAAGUGUUGUGAUUGUGUGAAAAUGUGCGAGAGAACGAUAGCAGAGUACGAGGAGGAACUUUGUCCAACAAAAGAGGAGAAGGAGCGACAACGUCAACUACUGGACGCUGUUUGCAAGAAACGCCAAGUUGUGUCACACAGAACAGACGUCCAGCAGCACACCCAUUUUAAAGAGGAAGAUUCACAUCCCCCUCAUGUAAAAGAGGAAGAGGAGGAGCCUCGGCCCCCCCACAUCAAAGAGGAAGAGGAUGAGGUCUGGAUCACUCAGGAGGAAGAGUGUCUUCUAGGACAGGAGGAGGCUGACCUGACCAGGUUUCCACUGACUGUGGUCUCUGUGAAGACCGAAGACCAUGGCCACAAACCACCUGAGUCCUCCCAGCUUGGUCCCAGUCCAAACGUCUGUGAAGAACAUAUCUCAGAGCAGCACGACUCGUUUUCCAGGAUGGAGCAGAAGGAGCGACAGCCCCCUCAAAUUAAAGAGGAAGAGGAGCCACAUUUCCCUCAAAUUAAAGAGGAAGAAGAGGAAUUACGGCCCCCUCACUUUAAAAAGGAAGGCGAGGAGCCAGAUCCCCCCCGAAUUAAAGAGAAUGACCCACAGCUCCCUCACAUAGAGGAGGAUGAGGAGCCACAACCCCCUCACAUUCAGGAGGAAAAUGUGGCACAGCAUCCUCCAAGCAUGACAACAGAAGCUGAUGGAGACCACUGUGGAGGAUCAUUAGCAGACAUAGCUCCACUAUCAGAUAGUGACAACACGACAUCUCACUCUCCUGACACUGAUGAUGAUGAUGAUGAAGUAGAUGAUGACACUGAUGAUGACGACUCUAAAGCUGGUAAGACGUGUCUCACCGACAACACACACUUGAAAUGCUCUCACUGUGACAAAACUUUUAACCACCGUGGUCAUCUGAAAACACACAUGAGAACGCACACCGGAGAAAAACCCUUUACCUGUUCAAGAUGCAACAAAAGCUUUUGCGAUCGAACAACCUUUGUAGUACACACGAGAACGCACACCGGAGAAAAACCAUUCAUGUGCUCAGUUUGCAGUAAAAGCUUCUCUCAGAAGACAAAUUUGAAAAUACACAUGAGAAUGCACACCGGUGAAAAACCUUUUAAAUGUUCAGUCUGUGGUAAAGGUUUUGGCCAAAGUCAUCAUUUUAAAAAUCACAUGAAAAUACACACCGGAGAGAAACCGUUUAAAUGUCGAGUCUGUGCUAAAGGUUUUAUACAAAAAGAUGACUUGAAAAUACACAUAAGAACGCACACUGGAGAACAACCAUUCAUGUGCUCAUUUUGUGGUAAAAGAUUCUCCCAGAGAGGGAAUUUCAGAAAACACACUAAAUUGCACACUGGCGACAAACCUUUUAAAUGUUCAGUGUGCGGUAAAGGUUUUACGCAAAAUCGUGAUCUGAAAGUACACAUGACAAUACACACCGGAGAGAAAGUGUGGAGUUGCAGUGUGUGUGAUGAAAGAUUCACUUAUAAGUACCAGUCUAAGAAACACAAGUGUGCUGGUGAGAACAGCAGCAGCAAAUGAAACUGCAGAAUGUAAAUAAACUGAUUGAUUUAUUAACAAUCACCACAUAUAUCAUGUGUGACAUCAUUGUUGUGUGUGUGUGUAACACCAUCUUGUUAACAUGCUUCUAACAUUUACAGAUGAGAUUUAUUUUGGAUUAGUGGUUUUGAUUCAGUCUAGUAUGUGCAUUAUAUUGAUAAACAUUUGUCUCUGAAAAGGUGUAAACUGAAGUUUCACUUUAUUUUGCUUACCUUGUUUUAUUCACUUUAAAAAACACCGGUAAGAAGAAGAGUGCAUCAAACUAAACGGGCAAGUUGGAGACAUCUUUUUGAGCAAACAGGAAGAAGAACGCCGGUUGGGGAGGUAUGGAGGAUGAUUAAAAAGAUGGGAGGAGAUGGAACAGAGUGGAGUAUUCCAAUUUUAAUGUAACUGGUCAAAUGAAUGAUGUGUCUCCUGAUGACUCUGCCAAGUGGAAGCAUGUAAAUAUUACAAAGAAGAGGACCUUGGCCUUGGACCCCUCAGGCGGUAC